AUAUCUGCGCUUCGUUUUUUUUGUUUGGUUGUUUGCUUGUCACAUUUAGCGGUGUAGCUUUCAAACGACUGCAGUUUGACGGCUUUAUACGCGAACCUUGGGUAAUUAAGGCGCCUUGAUAAGCCCGUGUGUGCGUUUUGUGCUGCAAAAAUGAAGAAAAAGUGCUGUGAGAAACGGCGCCAUGUGGUGGCGUGGGCCAGCAAAGCUGAGUGGGACCAGGUUCUGGAGUAUCUGUACUCCAAGGACUCUGCUCUGCAGAAAUAUGCGCUGAAGAGGAUAUCUGCGUGGAAAAGCAGGUACGGCAGCAGCUGUCCCGUGGCCGUGGACUGUACAGCCGACCUGGUGAGGUGUCAGGUUUUGGACCGGUCCGCACAGCUGGAAGGAGACGACCUGGUCCUCCUUUAUGGAGCUGCCCUGGUGAGGUUUGUCAAUUUAAUCACCGAACGCCAGCAGGGGAAAACGGCUCGACGUUUGAGGCAUUUGGCUGGAAAGCUAAACAUCCCAGAGUGGGUUGUAGACCUCAGACAUGAUUUCACUCACCGAAAGCUGCCCACCUUGAAAUGGUGUCGAAAGGGGUGUAAGGUGGUUCUGGACUGGCUUCAACAGGAGUACUGGUCCAGGCAGUUGGGAGGAGGUCUCAGUGAGGACUGGGAAUCACAGUCAGAUGGAGAAGAUGAUGAGAAUUACCUGAAAAGGAAAGAAGAGCAGCUUAUCGCAAGACAAAAAGAAAUCAAGGCCUACAAGAAUGCAAGGGAGCGUCUGAUAUCUUAUGAAAAGUUACAGUACCAGGCUUUUGACGGGCUCGCCGGAGACACGGAGGGGAGUCAGUGGCCUGCCCCCUUCGCUGAUAUGAGCUGGCUUCUGCCUGAGAUCAAGCAGUGUACUGUCGAGUCAAGUGAAUUGCUGAUCGACGUGUUGUUGGAAGAAGGUUUUUUAGUUCCAACUGUGGAGCAGCUGGAAACGUUGGGCUGCACCACAUCUGACGCUGCCAGUGCCACUGUUCCCCGAGUACCUCAAACAUUCCUGCGUUUUUGGCUGCCCCUGCUGAAGAUGCUAAACUCUCCAGCUUUUAUCCACCUCUUCCUAGAGAAGCUCUUUAGGGAACUAAAGCAGCUUUCUAAAGAGCCAAAUAGUCACAGAUCCUUCUACCUUUCUGCGUGGAUCUCUGAAAUCAUGCUCUGUAACAGCAACAAAUUUGAAUAUCAUUUUGAAACCAAGCUUCAGAAGAAAGCCAGGUUGAAGGAAAAUAUUUUCGUGAACCGUAUCCAGCUGAGGUGGCAGCAGCUUCUGUCAGCCUGCCUGGAUGCUCCCUCAAGCACCACAGCUCACUUGCUUCAGCUGAUCCUGGAUGAUAUGGAGCAUCCCCUGCCUGUGGAAACUCGACAAAAAUUGCUUCAGCUUUGUUCCCUCUACACACAAGCUGAACAUUCUUGGUGUACUCCUCCUUUGGAACAAAUAGAACAGCCUGUAUACACACUGGAGAGCUUGCACAAGAUACUGCAGCAUUCUUGGAGGAGUGACCACCCUGAUAGUUCCAGGGCCGACUCGGAGACCAGCAAGUCCUCUACUCAGGACUACAAGUGGGCAGAUGUUCAAGCUGAAAAAGCAAAGUUGCUCAAAGGUUCUCCAUGGCAGGUUUGCAUGGAUAAGGUUUUGUGGAAGGACUAUCCCUUUGGUAAAGUCCCAGGGCAGUCAGAUGAUCCUUCCUGCCUCAUGGUGGAAAGUUAUUCAACAAUGACUGUCUUUGACCAGCCGGUGGAGCUGGAGAACGCCACAUCAGCCAACAUUCCAGGGUGCUCGGCGCCACUAAGAACAGCCGAGGGCCUUCUUUGGGCACACAGUGAUGUCAGCAAGCUUAAAUCUGGCCUGCAACUUUUUUAAGCCAUUCUGUAAAACUACUGCUGGGGGCUUUUUCUUUUCUUUUCUUUUUUUUUUGAACACUAUGACUUCUUACUUUUGUUGUUUUUUGUGACUUCAUUAUUAAGUCAUACCAGUUGAUCAUAAAUAUUUUACUCAUCAUGAGUAAAAUAUUUUGCUUUUGAACAAAUCUCUAAACACAGGAGCUAGCAGAGAUGCAGUAAUGAUAAAGGUGUUUUUGAGCUCUAUUUUGUUUCACCUUUCACCAGUCUCUUCCAAAAUGUAAUCAUCAGGAGACGCAAACAAAAGUAAUAUUCCCACUGAGUUUGGUGAAAAUUCAAGCAGGUUUUUUAAAUUUUGUUCACACUUAGAGGAUUGAUUAUCAUAUUUUGCUUGUUGUGUGUGCAGUGUGACAAAGACCAAAUGUAUUUUCUUGGUAAAACAAAAUCUAUGUGUGUCAGGCUGUCAUUUUCUAUACUCAGUUACUCUAAUUAAGGGUCAGUGGUGAGCUGUAGCCUUUCCCAGCAGUCAUAGGGUGAGAGGCAGGAUACACCCCUUACAGGACACCAGUCGAUUGCCACAUAUAGACAAACACAUUUACACCUGUGAUCAAUAUAAAGUUUUCAAUUUACCUAACCUGCAUGCCUUUAAGAAGCAAACACAGGUAGAACAUGCAAAUUCCACAUAGAAAGGACCAAGUGGGAAGUGAUCCCAGGACUUUCUUGCUGUUAGACAACAGUACUAACCACUAAGACACCCUACCGCCCAAAUCCAUGUACAAUAUAUGACACAUGUAAGACAUUUAGUGUUUGUGGUGAAAGGUGUAUGCACAGUAUGCAAACAUACAGAAAGUAAAUGUAAAUUGAGAUUUGGAUCAUUUUGGUCAUGAAUGUGGAGUCAAAACGCAGUGGGAGUGACUUUUUGUUAUCAAUGCAAAGGUUUUAUGAUUAAAUUGUUUAGAUCUGAAACGCUUACAAAGUGAUACUGUAAAGUGCAUUGUGUUAGAUCUUCAGUGCAUUUAGAUGAUCAAUAAAAUUGUGCUGAAAUGAAA